AUGCACAAAGUGACGUUCAUCUUGAUCUCCUCUGCAGGGGUUUGGGCCAGAACAGCAAGGGGCCACGAGGAAGUUCCCGCCGUGGAGGAGGCCCCGGAGAUCCCGGAAGGCGACGAGUCGAUACCUCCACAGGCGGAACCGGCUGAAGGGGAGGAAGGUCAGCCCGAGAUUCCGGUGGAAGUGCCGCCUCCACCGGAGCCAGAGACACGCCCUGUUGCGCUACGUUGUGAGGAUUACAUCCGUCGCGUUCCAACACCCAAGUUCCAGGACUGGAAAGACAUCGAGACUCAGGUCUUGGCGCUCAAGAACAAGCAGGGCGGCAUGAUCCGACCCUAUGUCGUAUGUGCUGGGAUACCCUACGGCAAUGGUGAGGAUGCCUUCCUCGCUCUCUUCAAAGCUGCCUGGCAGACUCGGUCUACCCUUCGUGUCAUUGGCGAGGGCAAGAAUUACAUCCCGAUGGUCCACGCUCGGGAUGUCGCUCGUCUGACGCGGCACAUCAUACAAGUGGGGCCAGAGCUUGACUACCACCUGGCAGUGGACAGAGGUGAGGUGACACAAAAGACGUUGAUAGAGACGGUCGCGAAGCAGUUCAACCUGCCUUACGAGCCGGCACCUGUUACUGUGGCGGAGGCUGUUUUGGCCGAAAUGGCAGACGUCUUUACGAUGAACAUCCGCCUAGAACCCAGCCCUCUCAUGGAGGUACCGUGGGAACCCCCACCACCGGAGCCCGAAGAGCAAGAGGUGGAAGAGCAGGAGGAGGAGGCUCCCAAGCCUUCGACUUCCGGCACUGCCCUGGUACCACCUCCUGUCAGCAGUGAGGGCAAGGCGAAGAAGUCGCGUCCAAACUCGGCGACGUCACAGCAGCCUGCGCCGGAGGCAGACGUCUUGGAAGAAGAAGAGCCUGCAGCUGAAGACAAAGGUAAGGAGGAGACUCUGCCGGGUUUUCGCUGGUGGUGUGAGAGAGGAAUUGUGGCCAACAUCGACCAGGUGGCAAAAGAGUUUUCACGCUGGCGCCGCCUCGAGCCUGUCAAGAUCUGUGUCGUGGGCCCGCCGGGCAGUGGCACUUCGCAGCUGUGUCGUAAGCUGGCCGAGAUGUACAGCAUCCCAGCAAUUGUACUGGAUGAGCUCAUCGAGGAGCAGCGACAGCUUGAAACGCCACUUGGAACCCAACUGAAGGAGCAGUUGGACCUCAUUGCGGCCAACGUGGCAAAUCCAAAGUCCACCGGGCCGUAUCUGCUUCCUGCAGCCCUCACGACUCAGCUUGUGGACGCAGCGAUCAACACGGCUGCAGGCCGCCAUCGUGGCUGGGUGUUGAGUGGCUGCCCCUCGUCGAUGGAGGAGACCUCGGCGCUCUUCUUGGACUUGCCGGCGCCGGUUGAGACCGCUGCAGAUCCCAAGAAGAAAGCCAAGCCUGCCGAGGAGCCGCAGAUCGCAGAGGAUGCCAAGGUCAAAGAAGGCUUUCAAGUCGACAUGGUCAUUCGCGUGACAAGCGCCGAGGAGGUCUGUUCGGCAAGGGCACAGGCUGCAGAGGGCAAGCCAUUCGUGGAGAAGGAGUUCCAAGCUGCUUCGGACUUAUGGAAGAAGGAUGGCGACGCCGUAAACGAGUUCUUUGUCGAGCGUUUGGGCGUAGCGCAGCUUUCUGUUUCGGCCGACGCAGCGGCAGAGGCUGAGAAGGAGAAGCACGAGGAAGCGCUCAAAGCCGCGGAAGAGGCGGAGCAAGAAGCACCUCCUGCACCGGAUCCUGCGGAUUUAGUAGUGCUCGCGUCCGGAUCCUGGACUUGGCUGGAUACGGCGAUUCCCACUGUGGUGGAGGCCCUGGAGGCCCGUCGGCCGGUGUUCAACUUCCUGCCGGCCCCCGGCCCAGCGCAGUCUGCAGCCGUGCCGGCGGACACUGCAGCGGCGGAGGAGGCAACUGCAGACUCCACUGCGGCCGUGGCGCAAAGCGAUGAACGUCUCAGACACGAGCAGCGCGUG